AUGACGGACGGGGCAAACGGCGCGGACAUGGGUAUGGGCGCAAGGGAGCACACGGACAUCAAGGAGAAAAAGCGUGAGAACCAGCGUGUGCCACCCCUGGUGUUGUACGGCGCGAGAUCACGCGCGCUGCCCGAAAUGCGCCGGCACGCCGGAAACGACGUGCGCGACGGUUUGCUUCCGCCGCUGCCGUGUCCGGGGGCCAGCGUCGCGGGGCGCACGGCACGGGGCGGCACGCGCGCGCGAGCGCCUAACGCGCGAACUCACACAGUAUGUACUGAUUGCGGAGGAACUGUCAUCGAAUACGAUGCCGCGGCCGGAAACGGUUUCUGCGUGCAAUGUGGUACUGUGGUGGAGGAAAACACCAUCGUGAGCGAGGUGGCAUUUGGCGAGACGAGCACUGGUGCUGCCAUGGUGCAAGGUAGCUUUGUUGGACAGGGUGCCACGCGUGCCCGAAUGGGAGGUCCGUUUGGGAACAGGGGAAAUAGUGAGAGCCGAGAGCAGACAAUAGCCAACGCGACCCGCAAAAUACAACAGGUAGCUAACGCGCUCCGCUUAUCUGACGUUGUGUCUUUGGCAGCGGUCCGGCUCUACACUCUAGCCGUCGAACACAAGUUCACCAAGGGACGCAAAAGUUUAAACGUCGUCGCCGUGUGCCUGUAUGUCGCUUGCCGACAGAAGGAGACGAGGAACUACAUGCUGAUCGAUUUCUCAGAUCUGCUUCAGGUGAACGUAUUCGAGCUCGGACACACGUAUCUGCAGCUCGUCCAGACCCUCCAUCUCCGGCUCCCCCUCGUCGACCCGUCGCACUACAUCUCGCGCUUCGCGGCGCUGCUCGAGUUCGGCGACGAGACGCACCAGGUCGCGAUGGACGCGGUGCGGCUCGUGCAGCGCUUCGACCGCGACUGGAUGACGCGCGGGCGGCGGCCCGCGGGCAUCUGCGGCGCGUGCCUGCUGCUGGCCGCGCGCAUGAACAACUUCCGGCGCAGCGUCGCGGAGAUCGUGCAGGUGGUCAAGAUCGCGGACACGACGCUCAAGAAGCGCCUCGACGAGUUCAAGCGCACGCCGAGCGGCGCGCUGACGCUCGCGGACUUCCGCAACGUGUGGCUCGAGGAGGAGAUGGACCCGCCGGCGUACACCAAGGGGCGCGAAAGGGAGGAGCGCGAGCGGGAGGAGCGGGAAGGCGGCGGGACGGCGCAGGAAAAGGCGAAGGGCAAGGGCACGCGGAAGCGCAAGAGGAAGCGCAGGCACGAUGAGGACACCGAGGACGACGAAGAACAGCUUGCGAUGGAUGAAGACGCCCAGUACGGGGGGCAGCACGAGCCUCAGCCCCUGUCGCUCCCGCCGAUGGACCCCACUUUCUUUCAGCAAGGCAUCCUUGCGGGGAUAUCGCAACAGCCGCUGUUCUUGCCCGAUGACGGCGAGGACACGAACUCCAAUAUCGACCCCACUCUGCUGCAGCCGCAGUUCGACCCGUCGCCGUCGACGGCCGUCCAGCCUGAGGAUGCACCUCCAGACAAGACGCUAUCACUCGCGCCUCGUCCAUCAUCACCACUCGAGGAAGUGGUGAAUGCCGCAGUAGCCGAGGAGGUCUCCGAUAUACUCGCGAAUGCGCAGGGCACGGAGCUCGCUGCUGCUCUCGAGGAGGCGGAGCGGCGGCGCAUGGCUCAGUUCACGGGCGACGACGAGCUGCUCGGACUCAACGAGGAGGAGCUGGACCAGUUCAUUCUGACGGACGACGAAGUCAGGAUCAAGGAGCGAGUCUGGGUUGAGCUGAACAAGGAUUACCUUGAGGCACUUGCAGCGAAGACCGAGCAGCAGCAGCAAAACGAAGAAAAGGAGAAGAAGGGGCGCAAGCGCCGGAAAACGAACAACAAACCGCGGGAUGCGUCUACACCGCACGGGAGCACCGCGGCAGAGUCUGUGCGCAAUCUGAUCAAGAAGAACCCGAGGUACAGCAAGCGGAUCAAUUACGAUGCGCUGAAGGAUUUGUUCACCGAUGACGGUGCGGCCGUCAAGUUGUCGAUGACGCCUGCGGCAGACGACAAGGACGACGAGCUGUACUACAUGGAGGACAAGAGCGACGCGGAGGGCAUGGUGGUUGUCGAAGAGGGCGGCGGCGGCGUCGGGAUGGCCCCGGCGCGUUCGCGCUCAACGAGCAAGGGCCCUGGGCCAAGCCCACCAGGCGCGUUGGAGGCGGAACAAGAGGGCGACGAGGAUGCCAUCGGGGAGGAUGAUGUCGAGGAGGGGAGCGAAAAGGGUGAUGAUUAUGCCGACUGGGACGUUUAUGAGCAGGAAGUUUGAUACGAAGACAAAGAUUCACUGUAUCCGUAUAGCAAUAUUGGCGAGCUUGUAUCCAGUAUAGCUGUAUCAACUAUUCUUCUCUGAUCGC